AUGAUGACGUUGUCCCGAAAAGCGGGUACUGCGGUGCCAACGCGUUCAGAGACGUCAGGACGCCAACAUAUUACUGCUACUAAUACCUUUGAGACCUCAAUUCCGGUCACUACCACCAUCGCCACGAAGGACGUGAUAAAAGGAUCUGAAUCGUUUGACAUGCGCAGCCAAACUUGUGUCGAGUUUCUGCAUAUAAUGAAAGAAUUCUCUGAGAGUUCGUGCGAUGCUAGUGAGACUGUGCAACGUGUGGAUUCGCUUGUAAGUCAAGACGAACAGCUGCUUCGAUUGUUUCCACUGUCACGUACGAAGGAGGAUAACGACGCUAUGCGAAGAUCACAACGAGCAUGGGAAGACAACGAUAGUGAGGCAUUUGCGAGAAUAGAAACGAGAGAUGAAGACAAGGAAUUGGAAACUCAAGACGAUCUUCAGCGUUGGAUGGAUCUCGACCUUGGCGACCUUGAUCACCACAUGGACGUAUUUGAUUUUCAGCAUGCGCAGCCAUUGAUACAUAGCAGCAUUGUGAUAUCAGAGGUCAACAAUAGUGCGUGUCCAGCUACGUCUAUUUCUAUGCAGUCUAUGAAACGUAGUACGAACAGUAACAAGCUACAAAAAUCUACUGAAGCAGCAAAUAGUACGUCAGCAUACCCGCGAGAAAAGAAAGCAGUAAGCGUAUCACAAAGGCCGCCUCUGGAUAUGUCCAAUUCAAAGUCACUGCUAAAUGCCAGGUCUGAUACAUCAGCACUCAUAAAUCACGACAAUGAUUCGGGCUUUGCACCUGAUAGGGUAGCUCAUCCGCCGCUGAAACGUGCCAAACUUCAGAGACCAUCGAGUACACCAGCACUGCGUGUCUCUGUAUCGUCCGACACAGAAAACAAAGCUGAUACAGAUGACGAGAGCAAGGUGGAUGAGGAUGAAAAUGGUAAUGUCUGGGGGAUGGAAAAUGAUGGUUACGAGCACGAUUUGCUCUCGUCUAUUGACCACAGUGUCCUGUGCGAUCGCGAAAAUCGUUUUCUUCAAUGGGACUUAGAAGUGGCUCAUCAGCAAGAACAGCAAAGAUCGCAGACAAACGCGUCUGACCCAAGUGUGAAUGGCAUGACUAUUGCUACAAGUGCUGGUCUUACGGGUCUCACAAUGAUCGAAACUCACCGUCCUCUGCAACAAUCCAGUCAAAAGGUCAUGGCUUCUAGUCCUAUGAGUAGUAAAAGCCCGUCAAACGUUGAAAUUGUCGAAGACUGGAACAGUUUAGACUUUGGUACGUUCCAGAAUCGCACUGUGAGCCACAUUUUGAGCACCUGUCUGCAUAAACGAAAAUUGCAUCAUCCUUACAAGAAUCAAGUACAACUAGUAAACUUUCGCGUGCCAAGCAAUGGCGAUGUGCCUGCAGGACGUGUCGCUGGGUCGCAUCCGCACCAACUUGGUGGGUCUUUGGCAACGAGUCUUGCUUUUGGUGGUCAACAAAAUAGUGGGGAUGGCCUGGAUGGAUCAACGCUCAAUGGCUUUGUGCCUUUGUUAGCAUCUGGCCGCGAAAAUGUUUUAACGGCAAAGUCACCGGGUAAGGGGGAGAAAAAGACGCCGAAGAAACGUGAAGAACGCAAACGACUCAUGACACUUAAGAUGCAGGAAACAUUUGCUGACUUGGAAGGGACAUUUACUGAACAAGAUCUGGAUGUCAAAGGUAUUGUAGGCCCUGGCGCUUCACUGUCUAAGAUGGCGCUUUCAAAGCUCGAGAAUUUACCAUUGCCAGACCUGACAAACCUUCCGCAAGACCUUCGCGAGCUUAAAUGUAAAAUUGAAGCCACUGAGCACAAGGUGGAAGGCACAAAACAUCGUCACCGUAAAGGGGGGCCGUGCCCGCGUUGUCAAGUGCAGAAUCAGUUGCGUGCAGCAAAGCGUGCAUACCACAAACGUGCUGUAGCGCACAAGAAAUUACCACAUGUCGUGGUUAACGCUGUCAAUGAUGAGGCUCAAGAGGCUGCAAACGCACAGGCGGCUGCAGCUGCGACACUAGAACUAGCGGGCAGUGUCACAGCAGCUAUGAAGGCUGCCAGUGUUGGAGCGAGAAAAGGAAGUGCAACUUUAUUGACAAACGCAGCAUCAAAUCACGCUGUAUUGGCUGGGAUGCUAACACAAGUUCAACGAUCUGCCGCAUCCUCCGUGUCAUCACCAUCGGGUUCAUUGUGUUCGACCUCUUCUGUAGCAACUACUGUUACUGUUGGAUCUACUAGUGGCUCCUCGUCAUCAUCGUCUUGUGGUAGCGUAUCACCGCCACCAUUAAAAUCUGCUCAGUCUAUUCAGUCACGUUUUCGAAUUCCAUAUAGCCAAAAUUCGUCGACUACGUUUACAUCGCCGUCAUCUGCAACAAAUUCGCCAAAAUCGGCGACCAAUUCGUCAUCUCCCGAUUCUCACGUGCAGCACGUUACGGUCACAUCUGGAUAA